AUGGCUGCAGCACUUCAUAUGUUUGAUAGUAGCGAAGACGAAAGCGAUUUUGACUGGUUUUUAAUCGACGAAACAGUUGAAGAAACACAGCCUAUCGCAGCGGGAACAUCGGCGGUUUCAUGGCGAGACAUAGCGGGCAACUCGGACGAAGAAGAGGAUUUUGACUGUUUUUCGGACAUCAAAGUUCAAGAACUCGACAGAAACAGUAUUGUUAUUCAUGGAACAAACGCAUUUUAUAAUUUACAAACUUUACAUGAUAGCAAGUCAAAAAUAUUCAUCACAAAAUUUCAAAUUUUUUGAGUAAUACAAAUCCAUUCGCUUUAAGAUUUUAAAUCCUGGCUUUUGAAGUAAUUUGUGAAACACACAUUAAAAAUAAAAUAAAUGAAAUAUCAAAAUGUGUAGUAUUUCAAGCUUUUAAAUAUUCAUAGUCCUAAUUAUGGAACAAAAUUAUUCAGAAAUUAGUCAGGUGAAACUAUACACAAACGUCAUUAUAAAACUAUUUGUGAUAAUUUAAACAUAAAAUGAAACCUUAUUUAUCAGUCUAACCCCCUGCAAAAUUUUAAGCUAUUUUAUUAGGUUGCUUUGAAGUUACAGCCAUUUUUGUAAGUGCAGUAGAUAGGAACUGAAAUUGGCCAUUUUGUUUGCCAGUUAGUGGGUAGAAACUUUGUUACAGUCUGCCACUUAAUGAGUUAAUUACAAACUAUAUUCCAUGGAAACUCACUUGGUGGAACAAAAUACAAGUCAGAAAUUUCCUAAACGAGCCACAACACCGUGCACAAAUUGACCCGUAGGCACGCACACACACACACACGAAAACACCAGAACAAAUUUUAAUCUCAAAUUUCAGUCUCUUAAUUUGGAAAAAUAUCGAGAAUUUAUAGCUAUGUAAUGUUUCUACUCAAUACAAUAUAAUACUAGUACGCUUAUGCAGUUCAAAUAUCAUUUGUACAAUUUUGUCAAUUUAGGUGUUCAAUGUGGAUGAAGUGUGCGAACGCGAAGUGUCGACAAAAGCGUUGUUUGACUCUGAGCCAGAAGCUGAUGGUGAAACAACGGAAGGGGAAACCACCGAAGAUGAAAAGCAGGAUACUGGGGAUGAAGAUUUUCAUUGCGAAGAAGGAAUUGAAUCUGAAUCCGAAGACAAUACGGAAACAAGGUAA